AUGGGGGUUUUGAUUAAGCUAAUAGAUGCAGUUCUGUUAUUGUUCUUCUUGGUAGUGAUUUUAGCAGCUCGAGCUUUCAAUGCACAAGUGUGCUUUCCUUCUAAGUUCUUCCCAAACUUCCUCGUUGACCAGAAUCUCUGGUUCACAAGCGAGUACGAUGAUUACUUGCUCAUUGAAAAGCCCUCUUCCUUUGUUGGGCUUAUGUGGCUCAAGCUUCUCUUCCAGUUGCCACUUGCCAUUGCAAAUCUUUAUGCUAUUCUUGUGGGAGGGAAGCCCUGGUUCAAUUCUACUUGUCUAGUCUAUGGAGUCUCUGUUUUUAUUGGAAUGUUACAAUACAACGGGUUCCAGAGGGAAUGGGUCGGACUGAUCCACGCUUCUCCAACCGAUAUCUGA